GGGUUGCCAACUAAUCCAAACCCUUAAUGCUCCUGUGCUUUUAAUAACUGAGAGACAGUCGGGCUGGACUCAGAUUGAAGUCCAAGGUGGGUCACAAUGGCAUAAUCAUGAAAACCUUCAUCCUAAGGAAUGCAAUAUCCAUUGGAUUUCUAUCUCAUCCGCAAACAGGAUUGCCAACUGAUCCAAACCCUUAAUGCUCCUGUGCUUUCAAUAACUGAGAGUUAGAAUGAAGUCUAAGGUGGGUCACAGUGGCAAAAUCAUGGAGACUUUAAACCUGAGGAAUGCAAUAUCAAUUGGAUUUCUAUUUCAGCCGCAAACAGGGUUGCCAACUGAUCCAAACCCUUAAAGCUCCUAUGCUUUUAAUAACUGUGAGUUAGAAUGAAGUCCAAGGUGGGUCACAAUGGCAAAAUCAUGAAAACCUUCAACUUGAGGAAUGCAGUAUCAAUUGGAUUUCUAUUUCAGCCGCAAACAGGGUUGCCAACUGAUCCCAACCCUCCAGGCUCCUCUGCUUUUAAGCCAUUUUGACUCGCAGUAAAUAGGAGGAGGGGAAAGACUCAAGACUCAGAACGAAGUGCAAAGUGGGCCAAUUAUUACAAACUCAGAAGGCGGAGGAGUACAGGCUGGAAUAAAAGUUGGCAACCUGGUUUUCAAUGUAUGUACAAGAAUGACAUUUUGACAUCGCCCCAUUUGUGGUGUUCCAAAGCCGCCCUCGAUGCCAGCUUUGCCACGGAGGAACCCGAAAGGAGUGCGAUGAUGCCUCGCGGGCGUAAUCCGGCUCCUGCAGAUCUCUAAUCCGAUUCUAUCACAUUUCUAAUCUGAUUUCUCCGCCGCCCGCCACCCUUGCGACUUGGCUCACUUUCCCGGCUUUUCUCUCGCAAUCUCUCUCCCGCUUUUCUGGGAAAGCAAUGAAGCAGCUGGAAAAAGUCUCUAAAAUUAGCCUGGCUCCGCUCGGAGGCACCGGAAUAUAAUGUGGAGUUGAUGAGAAGUAAUAUAUUAAAUUUACAUUGAAGAUGGCCCAAGAAGGAACCAUGAUCCAUUCCUAGGGUCCCUCCGCAUCCGGUUCGGCCGCUCUUCCCGAAAUGCUCCGGGUCUCCGUCCCUCCGGUCCUUUUCUUCCUCUUGGCGUCUGCCGCUUCCUUCCCGAAGGACUUGAACCCGCUUCACACCCUCGGCGGAGCAGGAACCGCGCGGUACCCGUAUUUCCGUGGCCUUGCGGACGACAAUGACACCACACAACUGGGCUUGGAUUUCCAGAGCAUGUUGCGCAUCAACCAGACACUCUUCAUCGCGGCCCGGGACCACGUCUAUGCCUUCAACCUCCAAAAGACCAAGGAUGACUUCUCUCCAAACAAGCAUCUCACGUGGAAGACUCAGGAUAUGGAAAAUUGUGCAAUGAGAGGAAAGCUUCGGAACGAAUGUUACAACUACAUCAAAGUCCUGGUCCCGAAAAACAACCAGACGCUCCUGGCCUGCGGGACGAACGCCUUCAACCCCAUGUGCCGGACGUACAAGAUCAGCACCUUGGAGCAAGAAGGCGAAGAGCUCAACGGCCAAGCCCGGUGCCCUUUCGAUGCCAAGCAGCCCAACGUGGCUCUUUUCGCAGACGGGAAUCUCUACUCCGCAACGGUGGCCGAUUUCCAAGCCAGCGACGCCGUGAUCUACCGGAGUUUGGGAGAGCGGAGUCCCGUGCUUCGGACGGUCAAAUACGAUUCUAAAUGGCUCCGAGAGCCUCACUUUGUACAUGCUCUGGAGUACGGCGAUUACGUCUACCUCUUCUUCCGCGAGAUCUCCAUGGAGUACACCACGCUGGGACGGGUGGUCUUCUCCCGCGUGGGCCGGGUCUGCAAGAACGACAUGGGGGGCUCGCCGAGGGUCCUGGAGAAGUAUUGGACCUCCUUCCUCAAGGCCCGGCUCAACUGCUCCGUCCCCGGAGACUCCUUUUUCUACUUCGAUGUCCUCCAAGCUGUCACCGACGUGGCCCAGGUCAACGGCCGCCUGGCCGUCUUCGGGGUCUUUACCACCCAGUCCAACAGCAUCACAGGUUCAGCCGUCUGUGCCUUUUAUAUGGACGAAAUAGAGCGGGUCUUCAAUGGCAAAUUCAAGGAGCAAAAGAACGCCGACGCGGCCUGGACCCCCAUCCCGGAGGAAAAAGUGCCAAAGCCCAGGCCUGGUUGUUGUGCCGGGAUCGGGAAAGCGUCUGGUUUCCGGACCUCCAACGAUUUCCCCGACGAGAUGCUGAGUUUCAUCAAGUCCUUCCCGCUCCUGGACGAAGCCGUGCCUUCGGUCACCGGGCAGCCCUGGUUCACCAAGACCGCCAGCAGGUAUAAGCUGACCCACUUGGCUGUGGACACGGCGGCCGGUCCUUUCAAAAACUACACGGUUCUCUUUCUGGGCUCGGAAGACGGGACGGUGCUGAAGGUUUUGUCCCGGACGGCCGAGAACUCGACGGUGGAGACCGUCUUGCUGGACGAAAUCUCGGUCUACAACCCUUCCCGGUGCAGCGUCAAGAAGGACGACCGCCGGGUCCUGGAUUUCGAGCUGGACAAGGCCAACCACGCUCUUUACGUGGCUUUCUCGGGCUGCGUGGUGCGCGUGCCUCUCAGCCGAUGCUCGGCCCACAGCGCAUGCCGGAGGAGCUGCCUGGCCUCCCGCGAUCCGUACUGCGUUUGGUCUCGUUCCGGGGCUUGCGUCACGUUUGGCACGGAGCUCGGCAGGAGCGGAUUCGAGCAAGACGUGGAAAACGCCGCCAAGAACUCGGGGAACUGUCAAGAUGUCGUAUCUGCCACCGGGAACCAUGACGGCAGCAUUGAUUCAGCUUACGGGAAGAUGCCGACCACCACCGCCGCCACCACCACCGCUGCCGCCUCCUCCUCGGCAGCCCCUUCCCGGGAGAGGCCCACGGGGCCCGUGCCCACGAGCAUGGCUCCCGGCCCCCACCGGGCCCCUGACGCUGGGGGGCCCCGCUCCACGCUCCACGUGGCUGUGAGCACCCAGGGAGUGCGGCAAGACCCGGACGGGCGGGACGGCCUCCAGACGGUCCACUUCACCUUCCUGAUCGGCUGCGUCUUCGUGGCCUUCGUCCUGGGCGCCUUCCUCUCGGCCCUGCUGGUCUCCUGCUAUUGCAGCCACAGCUUCCAGAAGGCCAAGCACUCCGGGAAGGACCCCGAAAGUGGUGGCGGUGGUGGCGGCACCGGCAGCGCCCAGCGCCCGCUCUCCCUGCGGAGCCUGGCCAAGAUGAACGGGCUCCUGGAGACCCCGGGCAAGGAGGACCUGGCGGACGGGGGCGGCACCAAGCUCUACACCACGCUGCUGCCCAGCGAGAAGGAUCCGGGGGCCAAGGCGGCCCUGAAGGACCACCACCCGGAGCUGUCCGCCUUGCCCACGCCCGAGUCCACGCCGGAGCUGCCCAUGAAGAACAUGAAGGCCAUCCGCAACCAGUGGGAGAAGAACCAGAACUUCAACAACGCCAAGGAGAGCCAAGGCAAGCCCUCCUCCUUCUUCACCCCGCCUGCCUUCUCCUACCCGCCGCCGGCGCACGGCUACGAGGCACCGUUCUUGGGCUACCAGGACGAGAAGAAGAUCCCCAACUCGGAGCGGGUGCUGGUGCGCCACUCGCAGUGCUUCCUGCCCAAAGGGAUGGAGGUCACCACCUUGGAGGAGCUCCUCAAGCACCUCCAUGAGGCCAACGGCCAUAACGGCCACAACCCCCGGGUGGUCCACUUCCCCAACGCGGCCGCGGUCUCCUUCGCCAACCGGGUCCAGCCCAAGAUCCCCGACGUCGAGAGUGCCCCGUAUUACAGCUCCUCCACGCUGCCGCGGGAUAGUUUGCCGCGGAGGCUCGACGUGCCGCCCGACCCGCCUCCGCCUCCGGACAAAGCGGGGCGGCACCCGGCACACAGACACUCGCUCUGCGGGGUGCCCAAGAUGGUCAACGCCGGCGGCGGCGGGGGGAUGAUCGCCCGGCACCACAGCUUGAGCCAAGCGGUGAGGCCGCCCCCGCCGCUGCUGACGCGGAUGCACUCCACGGGCACCUCGUUGCCCCACACGCUCUUCCUCUCCCGGCAGCACGGAUACGGAGACCCCGUCCUGGGCAUGCGGCGCUCGGUAUCCAUGAUGAAGCCCUCGCAGCCGCUCUUCAUGCCGUCGCCGUCGUCUCCGCCGGGCACUCAAUCCUCCGUGCCGUUCAAUUACUGAGCGGGUUUGUCGCGUCUUCAGACUUGCCGCAAAUUCGCCGCGAAGGCGGGGAGAUCGCAUACAGAUGUGCCUUGCGAGACAGAAACGGGCACACGUGCAAGACGGGGAAGUGUCAACAGGCCGCCUCCAGUUACGGGCAGGUUCCUGUCCACGCCGGAGUAUGCAAUCCUCGGCCGUCAAACGGCCUCAGCCCAAAACCACGAUAUGCAAACGGAAGCUUUUCUAUCCGGAGCCACGCGCGGGACGUAUCCGACCUUCCAGUGCCGUUUUUUUAGCGAGCGAAUGUGGCCGCGUAGCCUUUCCCAAUGCCGCCGUCCGCCGAGCGGAUAUUUUCUUCCUCCACUGUUUCCCACCCAAUUCCGGAAAUAGUUUCUCGGGCCCAAAUAUGGUCGACAAGAAUGACGGAAGUAGAGGAGAAUAACCCGGGUUUUUAGCGAGCGAAUGUGGCCGCGUAGCCUUUCCCAAUGCCGCCAUCCGUCGAGCUGUCGGCAGCAGAUAUUUUCUUCCUCCGCUGUUUCCCACCCGAUUCCGGAAAUCUCAAAUAUGGUCUAGAUGAAUGACAAAAAUAGAGGAGAAUAACCUGGUUUUUUAGCGAGCGAAUGUGGCCGCGUAGCCUUUCCCAAAGCCGCCGUCCAAGCUGUUGGCAGCGGAUAUUUUCUUCCUCCGUCGUUUCCCACCCGAUUCCGGAAGUCGUUUCUCGGGCCCAAAUAUGGUCUAGAUGAAUGACGGAAAUAGAGGAGAAUGGUAAAUGUUUUCUCCUAGACUUUUUGAGGACGCAAGCGGCAGAGUUUUGUGGGGAAGGAGUUGCCAAACUCAUUCAUAAGGAGGCCGGCUUCAACAUCGGGUCACGUUUUGCUUUGUUUACAGUGCCCUUUACUUUAUCCACGAGGACUAGAAACCUCUAUCACAAUAACUUGAGAAUAGAAGCGUUUCUGGGCAAAAUCGGACAGGUGUUUGUCUCUCCGGGUCUUGAAUUAUUAUCGUCCUUCCAGAAUUGAUAUUAGAAUUGUGUUUGGGUAGGAAAGCGUGUCGGCAAAUACAACGGGGCAUCUUCCCGGUGUUUCUCGAAUAUUUCAGCCAAAAUCUAUGGGAAAGGUCCCCAAAGUAGGCCCACUUUUAGUCUCCGUUGGAGCGUCUCAAUAUGCUUCUUGGGAAGGCAAAUGCACCGAAAUUUGGCUUUGAACCCUCUAAAUUAAUUCAGUUAAGCCCACCUUAAAAGCCGGCAACUGCAUUAGGCUGCUGUUGCAAAGAUGACGUUUUCUUCCCAUUCUCAAUUUCCUACAAAAGUAGAAUUGUCAUUGGAUCAUUUUGGAUCCCAUUUGUUUGCUGGGAUCUCCAGUCGCGAUGUUUUUCCUUUUUCCGGGAAGAGAGGCUGCUGGCUCCGAAGGUGGGCUUUGGAGAGGUAUCAGAAGUGUCUCGUUCAUAUAUACGAGGGCUAUCCAGAAAGUAGAUUAUGUUUUGGAAUUAAAAAUGAACAAAGUAUAGGAGAAAACAUUUACCAGAAAACAUACGCAGUUGAAAGCCAGACACAAAUACCACUUCUCAACAUAGUCGCCAUUCUAAUCUGGGCACUUAACAUAGCGAUGAAUGAGCUUGGCAACUCCUUCCCCACAAAACUCUGCCGCUUGCGUCCUCAAAAAGUAUAGGAGAAAACAUUUACCAUAUGCAGUUGAAAGCCAGACCCAAAUACCACUUCUCAACAUAGUCCUCAUUGAAAUCUAGGCACUUACCAUAGUGAUGAAUGAGCUUUGCAACUCUUUCCCCACAAAACUCUGCCGCUUGCGUCCUCAAAAAGUAUAGGAGAAAACAUUUACCAUAUACAGUUGAAAGCCAGACCCAAAUACCACUUCUCAACAUAGUCGCCAUUUAAAAUCUAGGCACUUCUCAUAGCGAUGAAUGAGCUUGGCAGCUCCUUCCCCACAAAACUCUGCUGCUUGCAUCCUCAAAAAGUAUAGGAGAAAUCAUUUACCAUAUGCAGUUGAAAGCCAGACCCAAAUACCACUUCUCAACAUAGUCGCCAUUCAAAUCUAGGCACUUACCAUAGCGAUGAAUGAGCUUUGCAACUCCUUCCCCACAAAACCCUGCUGCUUGGCUUGCGUCUUCAACUUUUCCAGCAGCUGCGCAUGUGCAUGCUCGUCCUGGAUCGCCAUAUGGUCACCAUAUCCUUCAUCGCAAGCAUUUGCAAAACAGAAGAGCGAUCCAGGACGAGCGUGGGGGAAAGUUGAGCGCAUGCACAUGCCAAGCAUGCCAAGCCGCAAAGUUUGGUGGGGAAGGACUUCCCAAACUCUUUUAUCGCUAUGAGAAGUGCCUAGAUUUCAAUGGGGACUAUUUUGAGAAGUGGUAUUUGGGUCUGGCUUUCAACUGCAUAUGGUAAAUGUUUUCUCCUAGACUUUUUGAGGAUGCAAGCGGCAGAGUUUUGUGGGGAAGGAAUUGCCAGACUCAUUCAUUGCUAUGAUAAGUGCCUAGAUUUGAAUUGCGACUAUGUUGAGAAGUGGACGCAGCAUUUUGUCAACAAUGCGCAGCUGUGGAAAGGGGGAGACAGGCUGGUUGAGGACGCAAGCGGCAGAGUUUUGUGGGGAAGGAGUUGCCAGACUCAUUCAUCGCUAUGAUAAGUGCCUAGAUUUGAAUGGCGACUAUGUCGAGAAGUGGUAUUUGGGUCUGGCUUUCAACUGCAUAUGGUAAAUUGUUUUCUCCUGUCCUUUUUGAGGACGCAAGCGGCAGAGUUUUGUGGGGAAGGAGUUGCCAAGCUUAUUCAUCGCUAUGAGAAGUGCCUAGAUUUCAAUGGGGACUAUGUUGAGAAGUGGUAUUUGGGUCUGGCUUUCAACUGCAUAUGGUAAAUGUUUUCUCCUAGACUUUGUUCAUUUUUAAUUCCGAAACGUAAUCUACUUUCUGGAUAGUCCUCGUAUAUGUGGAUAAGGCAUCUUUUCCAAACGCAGAGCCGGAAUGAACGUGGUUAAGAACCCAGCUUUGGAGCGGAAUCAAUAUAGUCUUGUGUUUAUAUAUGUAUGGCGAUGGUAUCUUAGAAAACAUGGAGCCGGAAUGGGUAAAGAAUUAAUACGGAAUGUCAAGCGUGGGUCUUUUGGGGUGAUUGAUGUUAGUAUUUGGGGUCCGGAUGAAGGAGCACCAGGACCCCCGAGACCCACACCAAUGUAGCACUUUCUCUCUGCCUUUCGCCUCCGCUGUGGGAAAAUGUGAAUCCGGUUCUUGACUUUCUCCCGGUGUCUUUGGGACUCUCUCCUGACCACUUGCAUCAAGUUGUCGGUUUCCUAUCGGGGAACGGAGACGGGAAACCACGUCUCUCUCCAGAUCCUGUCUUCGGCUUCCCGGACUGGACAAGAACGGAGCCUUUCGGACACUUUGGGCUCUUUGCUCGCUCGCCGGUUUCCGGAUCUUCCCCGUUAUUUUGGGGAAUUUAGUGUGGAAUCGGUCUCCAAAAGGCAAAUCCCCAAUUCUGUCCAUUUGCUCUUUCUUUCUCUCUCUCUCGAGACUGGGAUUUGUCCCUUGCUUCCCGUCCAAACCAGUCCCACUCCAACAAUGCUCUCAGGAUCCAUUUCCACCAGACACGGAGACGUUUCCACAGGGAAAUGGGUCAAUUCUCCCCAUAAAAAGGACCCGUUUCCACCAUGACAGGAUGCCUUUCCACCAUAACAUCAUCCAUUUCCACUAUAAAAAGACCUGUUUUCCCCACAAAAAUGAUCCUUCCUCUAUACAAUUAUCCAUUUCCAUCCUAAGAGGAUGCAUUUCCACCCCAAAGUGAUCCAUUCUGCCCCAUAAAAAUGACCCAUUUCCAUCCCAAAAGGAUGCAUUUUCACCCCAAAAGGAUAUAUUUCCACCUAAAAUGAUGCAUUUCCACCCAAAAAGGAUGCAUUUCCACCCAAAAAGGAUGCAUUUCCACCCAAAAAGGAUGCAUUUCCACCCAAAAAGGGUGCAUUUUCACCUUAGAUGCAUGCAUUUCCCCAUAAAAGGAUGCAUUUCCACCCAAAAAGGAUGCAUUUCCAUGCAAAAGGAUGAAUUUCCCCCAUAAAAGGAUGCAUUUCCACCCAAAAAGGAUGCAUUUCCAUGCAAAAGGAUGAAUUUCCCCCAGAAAAGGAUGCAUUUCUACCCAAAAAGGGUGCAUUUCCACCCCUAAAGGGUGCAUUUUCACUCUAGAUGCAUGCAUUUCCCCCAUAAAAGGAUGCAUUUCCACACAAAAAAGCAUGCAUUUCCCCCAUAAAAUGACCCAUUUCCACCCAAAAAGGGUACAUUUCUACCCCAAAAGCAUGCAUUUGCCUAUAAAAUGACACAUUUCCACCCAAAAAUGAUUGCAUUUAUCCCAUAAAAGGAUGCCUUUCCACCCUAAAAGCAUGCCUUUGCCCAUAAAUGACGCAUUUCCAUCCUAAAAAGAUGAAUUUCCAUUCUGAAAAGAUGCAUUUCCACCCUAAAAGGAUGCAUUUCCAUCCAAAAAUGAACACAUUUAUCCCUUAAAAUGAUGCAUUUCCACCCUAAAAGGAUGCAUUUCCAUCCAAAAAUGAACACAUUUAUCCCUUAAAAUGAUGCAUUUCCACCCUAAAAGCAUGCAUCUGCCCAUAAAGUGAUGAAAUUCCAUCCGAAAAGGAUGCAUUUCUACCGAAAAAGCAUGCAUCUGCCCAUAAAAUGACGCUUUUCACUCUAAAAGAAUGUAUUUCCACCCAAAAGACAUGCAUUUAUCCCAUAAAAUAAUGUUUUUCCACCCUAAAAGGAUGCAUUUCCACCCAAAAGGCAUGCAUUUGCCCAUAAAAUGAUGAAUUUCCACCCUAAAAAGAUGAAUUUCCACUCUACAAGGAUGCAUUUCCACCAUAAAAUCAUGCAUUUCUACCCUUAAAAGAUGCAAUUCCACUCUGAAAAGAUGCAUUUCCACCCUAAAAGGGUGCAUUUCCGUCCAAAAAUGAACGCAUUUAUCCCUUAAAAUGAUGCAUUUCCACCGUAAAAGCAUGCAUUUGCCCAUAAAAUCAUGCAUUUCUCCCAAAAAAGAUGCAUUUCCACUCUGAAAAGGUGCAUUUCCACCCAAAAGGCAUGCAUUUAUCCCAUAAAAGGAUGCAUUUCCACCAUAAAAGCCUGCAUUUGCCCAUAAAAUUACGCUUUCCGCCCUAAAAAGAUGCAUUUCCACUCUACAAGGAUGCAUUUCCAGCAUAAAAUCAUGCAUUUCUACCCUAAAAAGAUGCAUUUCCACUCUGAAAAGAUGCAUUCCCACCCAAAACAGAUGCAUUUCCACCCAAAAAGCAUGCAUUUCCUCCCAUAAAAUGCUGCAUUUCCACCCCAAGGGGAUGCAUUUCCACCCAAUAAUUCUGAAUUUCCAAUUUGGAUCCAUUUGCACAGAGAGAAAAAGAAUGCAAAGGGGAGGCCAAGGAGACGGGGGCUUCGGACGGGCUUCUCCAACUUCUUCCUUUUUUAAAACAAAAUACGAAAUGUACAUAAAUGUAUAAACCUCUGUUGUAUAUUUUCCUUGUCUAACUUCGUAUCAGAGGGAGGUUCGAAUCCUACUGUGUAGGAUCCACGCCGCCAAUGGACCUCUGGCCUGUUUCGAACUCGGCGCUUGAAAUAUAGAGAUCGCCUCUUUGUGUC